GUCACGUGGUAAGAUUUGAAAUUAAACCUCGAAACACUACACAACUGCUGUCAGUAUUUUAUGCAAGCAAACCGCCAAAACAGGAAUAUUUUAUGAUUUUCGGAGGAAAUUUCGCACAGGAUGGCUUUAGGGUUUGAAAAAUCAAAAUGCCUGAAGAUGGAUGAACUGUCGCCUCAUAUUUGGAGCGCUCCAGGCGUCCCGGCGGAGACUGCGGUCCCGUCCCAGAGGAGCCAGACUCCAGAGGAACACGUUUCCCAGCAGGAGGGUCAAAUGCAGAUCAUGUACUGCAAAGAUCAGGUGUACCAGGGAGACAAGGAGUUCAGCUUUGAAGAGCUCCGUGCGCAGCGCUACUACAGAGCCCUGAGCGAAAAGUCGUCACACCUCAGGAAAGUGAAGCAGGACCUGCAGCUUCAGAUCGAGCAGAGACUCAUCCAGCAGAGAAUCAGCAGCACAGCAGCUCCACAGCAGCAGAUCGUUCAGGAGGAGGCCAGUUCUUCCUCCCAGAUGUCCACGAGUUCAUGUGAAUCUGCCGCCACUGUGGUGAAAUCAGCUCCGUUCAUGAUCUACAGUGAGCAGGAAGAAGGUCAUGUGGUUCAGAGGAAGAGUUCAGUGAGUCGAGAGGAGGACGGGAAUCACAGUGAAGACGCUCAACAGAGGAAAACAGUCACAGGAAAAUCAUUUGCCGCUUCUGAUGAGAACAGACCGACCAAUAAACCAUCAUUUUCGGCGAACCGUGUGUCUCUGAAGCUGCCCACCUUGAGUCUGAAAGCGCCGAAGUCAAAAUCCGAGCUCUCCGCUGACAGAGACGCGUCCAUCUCUCGCUCUGAGGAGGCCAUCAUCAACGGCCACUGGAAUAAGACUCUGUGCCGGAGUCCAGAUGACACGUGUGAAUUCGCUCGUGCCGCUCAGCUCGCUUCAACUCCGUUCGGAGGAGUCGAGAGGCCUAAAGCGUCCGAAGCAGGACUGACGGAGAAUCUGAGCAGAAAUGCUCCAGAAUCCUCUAAAGCGCAGAGCUCUGAUAUGAGCUCCGAGGAGAAAAAGCUCAGUCCUAUCCUAGAGAUCAGUCAGGAGUGUGGCGGCACUUCCUUCGCUACCUUUUCCCAGGGUCCCAUGAAACACUUUAAUGACACCGAGAUCAGCCGAUCUGUGGAGAGAGCAGAGACUCUGCUGGAGAAUGUCACUGAAUCCGAGAACGUCUGCAGUCCGGGCGUAAGAUCCAGGCUGUUCCAGCAAGCAGACGUGACAUCGUUUCCAAACUUUCACCGUAAAACUGGACUUCUGCCUGACACCAGCGGCAACUUAAAUCUCGAUGGAGAGACGUUGUUUUACCGCGGUAAGUUGGGGACGCUGAAGGACUUCACCUUGUACUCAACCAGCACCGCUGCUGUCCUUCUGAAGCUGGACUCUUCCUCAGUGCCGUGGGAUUUCUUCAUCAGCUCACAGCUCAGAGCUCGACUGUCACAUGACCAACAGGAUCAUCUCGUCCAGAUCUCCUGCUAUGUGUAUGAGAACGGCUGCAUGACUCUCUGGAGGAUUCCUCCUGGAGACACCAUUGAGGAUCUUCUCGCUGAACCCAUUGCUAGACAGGAUGUUUCACUUAUAGUCCUUCAGUUACUAGAGUUGGUGAAGCGGUUUCAUUCCUGUCAAGUGGUUCAUGGAGGCCUGAAGCCAGAAUCACUGUACUUUUACCUCAGUGGAAUCGCAGCACUAGAUUUCUCAAACGCAGUGGAUCUGCAGCUCCAGAGUGACGUGAAAACGGCACAAGAUCUUCCUUCUGCACAGGACUACAUAAAACGGGGUCUUCUGUCACCUUCUGCUUCACCUUAUCAGGUUGAUCUGAUUGGCCUUGCAGAAAUCGUGCACAUGCUGCUGUUUAAUCGACCAAUGAAAGUGACGCUGGACAAUUCGGCCUGGAGUUUGGAUGAAUGUUCUGGAUCUCACCACAGCUCUCCUGUAAAUUCCUUAUGGAAGGACUUUUUCCACGCGAUUUUGAAUCCAGAGCAAACUUCUUCAGAGCUGGUUUUGUCCGAUCUCCUCAGUAAUGUGAGCAACGGCUUAUGAACGCCUGAUUUUAGGUCAGGUUACACUAUUUUGUUAUAAAAUAAUGCCAUGUUCUUUUCACUCCAUGUAAAACAGUGAUAAUGGAAUUAAUGUUAUAUAUUGUUGUUUAUACACGUUAAUAAACUAUUUUCACAAUGUA